AGGACUGGGGGUGGUGGUGAUAGAGAUCUCCUUGCCCUUCUGGUCAAAGAUGUGUCACGUGACUAAUGAGGUAAGGGCGUCCACCGGACAUGGCAAAUGACCAGUAAGGAGUGCAACCGGAGAUAACUGCAGGGUUUACUUUAUUUUUUUAGAGUUCAUAGUUAACUGUAAAUAUUAGCAUUUGCAGGAAUCAGUGGGAUAAUCUCUUUCUCGAAACACCUUUCAAUUCAUUAGCAACUAAUUUCUACCAAGAGUGAUUCAAGCCACCCAAAUGGCCAUGGGUUGACACCACAGUCCUACCUAGCAGGGAGAUAAAGUCUCGUGGGGCUCUCCACUCAAAACACGAGGAACCUCCGUGCUUACAAACAGACGGCGCAGCCAGGCACAUGCGCUGUCCUCCUCACAGCCAUCUGGGGCGGCGCUUACUGCCUGCUGACCUAGGGCGCUUGCGCUAAGGCCUCCUACUCGCGGCGGAGCGCCGGUGGUGACUCGGUUUACAUCAGGGCAGCCCGACCGUGGGUGAGUGUUCGGCAGCCGGACUGAAGGUCGGGUUGGGGAGCCGGUGUCUCUGUCAGCUCGGUAGUUUAUCGAGGAUGGCCAGUGAGGAAACCCCCAGCUCAACUCAAAAUCAGGAGCAAGACUCUUUACAAAGUUGGCAUGCCAGUGCUAAUGAAGAUGUGCCAGUUGAGGACUCAGAGGUACGGGAGUACCUCCCUUGUACUCCUUGUGAUUAUGGGCCAUCCACGACUACUGAGACUUGUGUGUUGGCAGCCAGAAGGCGGGGGCCAACCCUGCUGCAUAUUGAUAGGAAUCAGAUCCCGGUGGUGGAGCCCAGUGCGCAGGCCCUGGAACUGCAGGGCCUGGGGGUGGACGUCUAUGACCAGGCUGUGCUGGAGCAAGGUGUGCUUCAGCAGGUGGACAGUGCCAUGCAUGAGGCCAGCCGAGUGGCCCAGCUUGCUGAUGCUGAGAAGGAGUACCAGUCAGUCCUGGAUGACCUGAUGUCAUGUACGACAUCUCUAAGGCAAAUCAAUAAAAUUAUUGAGCAACUUAGCCCUCAAGCUGCCACCAACAGAGACAUCAACAGGAAACUAGAGUCUGUAAAACGGCAGAAGUAUAAUAAGGAACAGCAGCUAAAGAAGAUAACUGCAAAACAGAAGCGGCUCCAGGCCAUUUUGGGAGGAGCAGAGGUACAGGUGGAACUGGAUCACGCCAGCCUAGAGGAGGAGGAUGCAGAGCCAGGGCCAUCGUGUCUUGGCAGUAUGCUCAUGCCUGCCCAGGAGAUGGCCUGGGAAGAGCUCAUCCGCACUGGCCAGAUGACACCGUUUGGUACUCCAGCCCCUCAGAAACAGGAGAAAAAGCCUAGAAAAAUAAUGCUCAAUGAAGUAUCGGGCUUUGAAAAAUAUUUGGCAGAUCAAGCACAGCUGUCUUUUGAAAGGAAGAAACAAGCUGCUAGUAAAAGAGCAGCCAGUAAAGUCUUGGUCACCUCCAAGUCAAAACCAGGACAGAAUGAAGCCAAACCAAACCAAAGAAGCAGGGUCCUCUCACAGACAGAUAAGCGCUUGAAGAAGCACAUCAGAAGGCUCCAGAAGAGGGCGCUGCAGUUCCAGGGGAAAACGGGAAUGCCAAGAAGGAAGCCCCAGGAGCCCGAGAUGAAGCCAGAGGCCGAGGGAGACUCUGAGGGUGAGGAGUCUGGCUCCUUCCCCACCGAGGGAGAGGAAGAAGAGCAGGAAGAGGAGGAAGAGAGGAUUGCUAACCUAUCUUCAGAUGAUACCAACUAUGAACUGAGGCCUCUGUGCAAGGGCCAGAAACGCCAGAAGGUCCCAGUGCAGGAGGUUGAUGACGACUUUUUCCCAAGUUCCGGGGAAGAAGAUGAAGCUGUGGAAGGAGGAAGAGGAGGUCGAAAAGUAGUGAGGUGCCGAGACGAUGGAGAUGAGGAUUACUAUAAGCAGCGGUUAAGGAGAUGGAAUAAGCUGAGGCUGCAGGACAGAGAGGAAUGCCUGAAGCUUGAGGACGACUCUGAGGAGAGCGACGCUGACUUUGAUGAAGGCUUUAAAGUGCCAGGUUUUCUGUUUAAAAAGCUCUUUAAGUAUCAGCAGACAGGUGUUAGGUGGCUGUGGGAAUUGCACUGCCAGCAGGCAGGAGGAAUUCUGGGAGACGAGAUGGGAUUGGGCAAGACCAUCCAGAUAAUUGCCUUCUUGGCAGGUCUGAGCUACAGCAAGAUCAGGACUCGCGGUUCAAAUUACAGGUUUGAGGGGUUGGGCCCCACUGUGAUUGUCUGCCCAACGACAGUGAUGCAUCAGUGGGUGAAAGAAUUCCACACAUGGUGGCCUCCAUUCAGAGUGGCAAUUCUGCAUGAAACCGGUUCCUAUGCUUACAAAAAGGAGAAGCUGAUUCGAGAUAUUGUGCAUUGUCAUGGGAUUCUGAUCACUUCUUACUCCUACAUUCGCCUGAUGCAAGAUGACAUUAGCAGACACGACUGGCAUUAUGUAAUCUUAGAUGAAGGGCACAAAAUUCGAAACCCAAAUGCUGCUGUCACCCUUUCCUGCAAACAGUUCCGCACACCUCAUCGGAUCAUCUUGUCUGGCUCACCGAUGCAGAAUAACCUCCGAGAGCUGUGGUCGCUCUUUGAUUUUGUCUUUCCAGGAAAGUUGGGCACAUUACCUGUGUUUAUGGAGCAGUUCUCUGUCCCCAUCACCAUGGGGGGCUACUCCAAUGCUUCCCCAGUGCAGGUUAAAACUGCUUAUAAGUGUGCAUGUGUCUUAAGAGACACCAUUAACCCAUACCUACUGCGGAGAAUGAAAUCAGACGUCAAGAUGAGCCUUUCUCUGCCAGAUAAAAACGAACAGGUAUUAUUUUGCCGUCUUACUGAUGAGCAGCACAAAGUCUACCAGAAUUUCAUUGAUUCCAAAGAAGUUUACGGAAUUCUCAAUGGAGAUAAUCAGAUUUUCUCUGGACUUGUAGCCCUAAGAAAAAUCUGCAACCACCCUGAUCUCUUUUCCGGUGGUCCCAAGAAUCUCAGUGGUCCUCCAGAAGAUGAACUGGAAGAAGAUCAGUUUGGAUACUGGAAGCGUUCUGGGAAAAUGAUUGUUGUUGAGUCUUUGCUGAAGAUAUGGCACAAGCAGGGUCAGCGAGUACUGCUGUUUUCCCAGUCAAGGCAGAUGCUGCACAUAUUGGAAGUGUUCCUGAGAGCCCACAAGUAUUCCUAUCUCAAGAUGGAUGGGACCACUACCAUCGCGUCACGACAACCACUGAUUACAAGAUACAACGAGGACACAUCCAUCUUCGUCUUUCUUCUGACCACGCGGGUGGGCGGCAUAGGAGUCAACCUGACCGGCGCCAACAGAGUCAUAAUCUACGACCCUGACUGGAAUCCAAGCACCGACACACAGGCGCGGGAGCGAGCGUGGAGGAUAGGUCAGAAGAAGCAGGUGACUGUGUACAGGCUUCUGAUGGCCGGUACUAUUGAGGAAAAGAUCUACCACCGACAAAUCUUCAAGCAGUUUUUGACAAACAGAGUGCUAAAAGAUCCAAAACAAAGGCGGUUUUUCAAAUCCAAUGAUCUUUAUGAGCUGUUUACUCUGACUAGUCCUGAUACAUCCCAGAGCACAGAAACAAGUGCUAUUUUUGCAGGAACUGGUUCAGAUGUUCAGACACCUAAACGCCAGUUGAAAAGAAAAACUUUACCAGCUCUAGAAACAGACCCAAAAGGCAAGAAGUUCUCCCAUCCUAAUACAUCUGUAAAUGACAGCAUUCCAACUGAGGAAAAAUCUAAAGCAACGGGGAUUGCAGGAAAUGAAACUUAUAAAGAAAGUAGUCUUACGAAAGGUGACUGUCACACAAGUAGGAACAUAACCUGUGGUGUCGGGCUUAGAGAAGACACAAGCGCAGUAUCUGAGCCGGAGGAGCUGCCAGCAGUGAAUGGAGAUGAGAAGUGCUCAAAUUCUCCAAGAGUUGACAAAGCAUCUAGGCCGUCUGGUGAAGCAAGCACCAGUGAGAAGCAAGGCCCCUCGGCAAAAGGAGACUGCUGCCAGGUUCAGGCGAAACCUUUGUGGGUGAGCAGACAAGUGGAAAGUCAUUCUUGUAAGCAUAAGACAAAAAGAAAGCAUGGUGUUGCAGAGGAAGAGAUCCCAGAGAAACAUCCACUGCCAAAGCAAAACCCUAAGAACAGAGAUGCCAAGUUUGAGGGAACUCGAAUCCCACACCUAGUGAAGAAAAGGGGAUACCACAAGCAAAAUACUGAGCAAGAAAGUGAGGCCAAGGAACGGAGCAGUGAUGACUAUGUUUUGGAAAAGCUUUUCAAAAAAUCAGUGGGUGUGCACAGCGUUGUGAAGCAUGAUGCCAUCAUGGAUGGGACCAGCCCUGAUUAUGUGCUGGUGGAGGCAGAGGCCAGCCGAGUGGCUCAGGAUGCCUUGAAAGCCCUGAGACUCUCUCGUCAGCAGUGCCUGGGGGCAGCAUCUGGCAUUCCCACCUGGACAGGCCACAGGGGUGUUUCUGGUGCCCCAGCUAGAAUAAGGAAUAGAUUUGGUCAGAAAAGGAACUCCAGCUUCCCUAUGCAACGUCCUUCUUCAACAUCUCUAACAGAAAAAUGUCAGGACACUGUGAAAAAGGAGGGAAAAGAUCCUGCCCCUGCCAACUUGAGUGGCAAAGAAGACACAGCGUCUUUAUCCAGAGCGCCCAGUUCUUCCUCACUCUUAGCUAGAAUGCGAGCAAGAAACCACCUGAUUUUGCCAGAGCGCUUGGAGAGCGACAGUGGGCACCUUCCAGAGGCGGCUUCCUUGUCUCCCUCCACCACAGACCAUGAUGAUCUUCUGGUAGAAAUGAGGAAUUUCAUUGCUUUCCAGGCCCAGGUGGAUGGCCAGGCUAGCACUCGGGAGAUACUGCAGGAGUUUGAAUCCAAGCUGUCUGCCUCACAGUCCUGUGUCUUCCGAGAACUGCUGAGAAAUCUCUGCACUUUUCAUAGAACUCCUGGUGGUGAAGGGAUUUGGAAACUGAAGCCAGAAUACUGCUGAACACUGACACUCCCUAGACUCUCCAAGGGGAAUUUCUGGUCAUUAAUCCUCUGAUCAUGUUUGUGGAAGGAAGUUGGUUGCAUUUGAUGUUUACUAUAAAUGACAUCUACCUCAAGACUAAAACUUUAAGAAGAAAAUACUUGGAUUUUUAGAACUUUUUACUGACAUUGUAAAUUAUGUUAUAAAACCAGGGACCUAACAUUUACUUCUUGGAGCGUAUUUGUUCCUUUACCUAAAAGAUGCUGUCAAGAGGGCCUGUAGAGAUGACUCAGUAGUUAAGAGCACUGGCUGUUCUUGCAGAGGUCUCAGGUUCGAAUCCCAGCAUCCACAUGGCGGCUAAUAAUGGUUUGUAACUCCAGUUCCAGAGGAUCU